CAAAAAAGCAAUCAAAACUUCGCGGCGGCAGACGAAAGAAAGGGUCAAAGCUUGUGCUUCGACUGAGCAAACAAAGACAAAGAAAAGUUCUUUCUACAACGAUCCCGGCAAUUUUGUUUCGGUCUUUUCAGAGACAUUAGAUCUCCUUCAUCAAAAUCGCGUCUCGUCUUAGUCUCAUCUUGAAAAGUUCCUGGAUCUAGAACUGUACCUGGACCAACCUGGACCCUUCACAAUACGAAGAGAAAAAAAGCCAUUGAAAAAAAGUGAAAAAAGAACUCUGAUUGGUCAGCUAAACAACACCACCUAGAUUUUUAGGUGCAGUUGUAAGUGCCUGUUGGUCUUGCUCGCUAUUUCGCUUCAGUCUACAUCACCACAAGCACCAUCUUUGUUUGCUUGUUCUACGACACUUCCAGUCUCCCGAACGCAUGGUCCAUUGCGGGAUUUAGGACCAACUGUCUUUUUGAAUUGGCUGAUCCCGACUUCUCGGGCGCUUUCCUGCAACCAUUACCACGACUUUGGGCCAACAUUCCUUAGUUGAAAGCCCAGCAGAGCUCUUUCAGUAGAAGCUAUCUUAUUAACUCAGAAAAGGACAUUCGUCAACGGCAGCCAAAACAAUGCUGACCCAAGAGUUCGUUUCGACCAUCUGCGGUCCUCCUCUCGCAGCCAACACAGCCAUUUCCAAGGACGUCGGCAUCUACUCUCACUCCCUUACACCAUCCCACACCAUCAAGGCAUCUUUCAAGAAGAGCUCUACCCCUUUCAACGGUCUAGCCGUCAGUGAGUCUCAUAUUUUUGCGGCACAAGACCAAAAGGCACAUGUCCACGUCUACUCGCGUAUACGCGGCAACCAGGAGGCUCUCGUGCCGUUCCCUGAGAGGAUCCGCAGCUUGGCACUUGCUGGUCAAGUGUUAGUCGUGGGCUCUACCGAGGGCAGACUAUUUCUCUGGGAGACGUGUACAGGCCGGCUAGUGUCGACACCACCUUGCCAUGUUCAAGCCGUUUCUUGCUUGGCUGUGACGCCAUAUCACAUUCUAUCCGGUUCUGAUGACUCAAACAUUAACGUUUGGUCAAUAUCACGACUCCUGGAGCUCGAUGCUCAGGCGGAACAAGAGCCUGAUCUAACCCUCUCCAACCAUCGUGGUGCUAUCACAAGUCUAACUGUCGGUCCUGGUACCAACCCGGAAACUAGCAUAUGCGUGUCCGCCAGUAAGGACAAGACAUGCAUCAUCUGGAACUACCAGACCGGCCAGCUUCUUCGUACACUGCUCUUCCCAGCCUUCCCUCUCUGCGCCCGUCUGGACCCAAGUGCCAGGGCACUCUUCGUAUCUUCUGAGGCCGGUGCUGUCUACCUUGUCGAGCUAUUUGGUGGCGACAAGCCGUUGCUUGGUUCCCGCAGCACAGAGCUGCCGUCUAUUGUCGUGCAAAUCAACACCCCGCUUGCUGUUUCGGAUCCAGAAGUUGGACAGCCAUCAUGCCUUGCUCUGACAUAUGACGGCACUUCGAUAUUGUCCGGACACACCAAGGGCAAGAUUCUACGGUGGAGUCUGGCCGAAAACGGCCAUCCUACAGACGUUGCGAAUCUAAAUGCUUCUGUCACCAACCUGUGUUUCAUACCUCCGCUAUCAACUGAGCAACCAACAAAGACGGUAUCCAUUGUGAAACCAAACCAGAGCCUAAAGCGGUACAACUUUACGGCCCAGCUUACCACGGAUUUGGGGGAGCAUACAAAGCUUGAUCAGCUGCUUGAGACCAACGGGAUCCCAUCGGAAACUCUUGAGACAGCAAUUUCAUCUGUAACAAAUCCACCAGAGACUCAACAAGAUGACGAACUUGCUAGACAGGACGCGCAGUUUCGGGCCAUCAUAAACAGCUGCAACCUACUCCAAGACCCGAUUAGUUAGACAUCUGCCGCAAGCGCACACCCAUACAACAGUUAGCUUCUCAAAACAUCCAAAUGUGUAAUCUCCUGAGAGCACGCAUAAACCGUCCACAGUCGAACCUCGUUUCGGAUUAGUUCAUGUUGCUUCCCGUUCCUUUUCUCAGCCUCAACGCUCUAGCAUGUCCUAUGUUACAAGUUGUACAACU